GUGGCCAGGAAAGCAAAAGCGAGGACGAUCAUCAUGCGUCUCGUCAGUUCAGCGGGGACUGGCUUUUUCUACACAACGACUAAGCGCCGUGCGUUGCCGAAAAUGUCACUCAUGAAACAUGAUCCGAUUGUUAACCGUCAUGUCCUUUUUGUCGAGAGUAAG